GCGUUAGCAGAGGAUGCUAUGGAAGGUGGGGGCGAGGAUUGGCCGGAGGCGUACCGGCAUUGCCCUAUGGAUCAUGAGGUCCACGACAUGGUCGAUCCGGCGAUCUCGUCGGGUGCUCUUCUUCCAGGUGCAGCUGCGAAACUCUAUGGCACCUGCAACUUCCUUGAGCAAGGCAUGUAUGGGCGAGUCGGUGCCGGGGGCCUGCGUGCCAUUCGCGAGCAUGCGGAUGAAGGUGGCCGUGAGGUGACUCCUCCCAUCCCCGCAUGCCUUGAUCUGAUCAAAGCGGUCCCUUCUGUGCGCCCAGAGCGGGGGUUGGAUAGUUUGCCUUGCCCCCUCCCACGGUUUGUUGCCACGAGUGACGCGGUGGAGGACGUGCUAAGCCAAGGCUCCGGGGGGUUUCACUCGGUGUGGCUGCAUCCUAGAGAGCGUGAGAGCGUCGUGGCCGUGAUUGGUCCUGAGGUCUAUUCUUGUUUCACUCCCGGAGAUCAGAAGUGCCCAGCUCGAGCUGGCAAUGGUGCUGUACGCUCUUACUGCCGUGACUGCUUUCCGUGCUUCUGGUACGUUGAGAAUGUUGCAGCCCUGAUGGUGUUUAUACGUGGCCGACCUAGUUCGCUUGCUUUGAAGCGCAUGGCGCAGCUCAUUCAUUUGGCCCUCUUUGCUCUUCGAGCAUCUUUUUUCUUUGAGUAUAUUCCGUCUAAGACGAACUGGGCAGACGCG